AUGAUUUCUCGCAUCUACAUCCUCGUUAUCUUUGCUCUUUUGACUUUAUUUGGGAAGGGCAUGUCCAACAAGUCCUGUAAAUGGGCUUUUGUGCGUGUUCCUAAUGAUCCAGCGCAUUCGUACUGCAGGGAUGUACGCGACACAUAUAAAUAUCCAAGUGCGGACUGCAAACCUCAACUACAACCUAAUGGCGUCCCUCAAGGCUCACAAUGCGAUUCCAAUCAGUUUCCCAACGGAAUUUGUCCAACUUGGAGGGCAUCAGGAGUGCGCAGGGUGAAUGAAGUAACUUCAUACAUGUGUGAUCUCUUGACCAAAAAGGGGGCCACCCGUGAUAAGGAUCAGUACACCAAGAUUAAGUGUAAACUUUUGACAAAUGUGGUUUUUUGUUCUGGAGACAAGGGAGUUUUUGUGGGGAAUGAUAUCCCCUGA